UUCUUUUCACAAUAAUCUAAUUUAACAAAUUAAGAAAUCAAAUUAAUUAAGUUUAAUCUCCUCUCUAUAUAUUCUCUUAUUUUCCUCAUCGUCUCUUCACACAGCUUUACUCACAUCAUCUCCCAACAAUGGCUUCCUCCACCCUUCUCAAUCUUCUCACUCUAGCCUUCCUGCUUAUCUCCGCCGCUGCCAACUCCCCGGCACCCUCUCCAGCACCGAGCGCCGAAUCACCAACGUGGAAAUGGACGCCCACUAACCAACCACCCUCCUCUCCACCCACGGCGGAACCGCCAAUGACUACAACUUCUCCACCUUCGCCUACAAUAUCUCCCCCGGCCACCCCCCCGGAGCUCAGCCCCGUUCCAUCAUCCUAUUCACCCACUUCGCCGCCCAUGGCUAACCCACCUACAUUGUCGCCGACAGCUCCACCGCCGGCAGUCACGAGUCCCGGUCAUGCCCCGUCGCCGGCGAAAACAAAAGCACCGGCUCCAGCUCCAUCCAAAAUUAGUCCGGGCCCAGCAAAGGCACCGAAAUCUUCUAAAGCUCCGGUGAGUAGUCCUCCGUCACCGAAUGGACAGAUGGAGCCACCGACGCCAUCCCAAGCUCCGGCACCGUCGAAGGAGGGUAACGGCGCCGGUGCAAACAGAUUCGCCAUUGGUGGGUCUAUUGCAGCUGGAUUUAUGAUUGCGGCUUUCAUCGCUUAAAUGAAGCUCUAAUAUAUUUGUGGAAUUGAGUUUGUUGGAGAUUCUGAAUUUGAUAUUUGUUUUGAGUUAAAAGAGAAUUUUAUUAUGAUAAAUUCUUCAUUAUUUCUGAGAUUUUAUUGUUUAUCAUCUAAGCAUAUAUGAGGAUAUACCUAAAACU